CACUCCGAGCAGGACCCCCUAUCCUACUUAAUAGCUUGAAGAGGCAGGACAUCGACAGCCUCUAUCUAUCGGCGGACCGACCAAAUGCGAGAGCCGCACGGAACCCUGGCUUCUCCAUAAUGUAAAGCUUUCUGUUAGCUAUAGUCGGGAGCUAUGAUUGCUCAAUAACGUCUAAUUAUAGGUCCUCAACACGCACGUAAGGUAGUAUUCCAGCACGCCCAAUUCCUUUUUUUUUUUUCCCUAGCACGGUUAAGCACCGUUACUCUGUAGACUGCUACACUGCAUUGCUCUAUUAUUCUAUGUUGUAGAUCUCCUACGUGUAUUAACGGGUUGACUUGAUAUGUAUACCUAGUCCUAGUAUAUCGCCCGCCUAAGAAUAAUUUCUCUGGGCGUCUGUUUCGCUCCUCGCUCUUUCGACUUGUAUACCACCUUUUUCCUUCCUCCCCGUCGAGAGCUAUCCACGAUGGCUGCGUCUCGGGAUAGAACUAGUGCCGACGCUGACGCGACUAGCGCUAGGUCGUCUCUUCCGCCCGCGUCGCUGUCGGGGUCGCUGAAUGAAAAGGCGGAUUUGAAAGAGGCUGUUAUUGCUACGAAUGACGAUGCUGUUAAUACGCCAGAGGCGGUGUAUCCGGAGGGGUGGAAGCUAUGGAUCGUCUAUGUCGCGACGCUGCUGACUAUGUUUCUUGUACCGCUUGACAUGACCAUAGUAGCAACCGCCAUCCCCAAGAUCACGGAAGAAUUCCAGAGUCUAGACCAAGUUGGAUGGUAUGGCUCGGCGUUCUUCCUAACUUUGGCAGCCUUCCAGGCGCCAUGGGGAACGAUCUACAAAUACUUCCCGCUCAAAAUCGCUUAUGCUGUCUCCGUUUUCAUAUUCGAAUUUGGAAGUCUGAUUUGCGGUGUUUCGAGGAACAGCCAAAUGCUCAUCGCGGGCCGUGUGAUCACCGGCUGCGGAGGCGCAGGUAUUACUAUCGGUACCUAUGUUAUCAUUGCUCAUCUUGUCCCGGCCGCAAAAGCACCGGCUUUUAUCGGCGGUAUAGGUGCUGCUUUUAGCAUUGCGAGUGUAGCUGGUCCGUUGGUUGGGGGAGCCUUUACUGGAGAAGUUACAUGGCGGUGGUGUUUCUACGUCAACUUACCUAUUGGUGGCGCCGCAUCCAUUAUCUUCUUCGCUCUAUUCCCGAAGCCAAGUAUGCCACCUGCGCCAGCAACUCUGAGGGAGAAGCUCUUAGGUUUGGAUCCUUUGGGAACGAUCCUUGCGGUUACGUCUAUUAUAUGCUACUUCCUCGCUCUCGAAUGGGGUGGCGUGUCGAAAGCAUGGAACAGCGCGGACGUGAUCGGGACGCUCAUCGGCUGGAUUCUUCUUGCUAUUGCUUUUGGUGUGGUGCAAUGGUUCCUAAAAGAGCGAGCAUCGAUCGUCCCCCGAAUCCUCGCGCAAAGACACGUAUGGGGUGGCGCGGCUUUCAUGUUCUUACUGAGCUGCGCCAACUUCAUGAUGAUUUACAACCUUCCGCUUUACUUCCAAUCUGUAAAGGGCUCUAGUCCGACUUUGAGUGGUAUUCAAGUCCUGCCACUCAUUGUUUCUGCCUCCGUGACCGUUAUUGUCAGCGGUGUUCUCUUUACGAAAUUCCCCUUCUAUCAACUUUACCUCCUUAUUGGUGCCAGCCUAACCGCGAUUGGUGCCGGACUACUUUACACCCUCGAAGUAGACUCGUACGCAGGAGCAUACCUCGGAUAUCAGUUCGUAGUCGGUAUCGGCAAUGGCGCGUGCCAGCAGAUCCCUCUUACGGUCGUACAGGCCUUUUCUAAGCCUGAAGACUUAGCAACGUCAAUGUCCACCCUUCUUUUCUUCCAGCUACUAUCAGGUGCCAUGUCCGUAGCUGCGGCCCAAUCCCUCUUUAUAAACCGCUUACUCUCCGCCGCUUCCAUUCGUGUCCCAGACGCCGACCGCGCAACCAUCAUCGCAACCGGAGCUACUGAUCUCCAACGCGUGUUUCCUGGCGACCAACUAUUGGGCAUACGCGAAAGCUAUUUGGAUGGAUUGCACGCUGCGUGGGCUAUGGCUAUUGCGUUUGCGGGUGCUGCUUUAUUGACCGGGUUGACGCUAGGAUUCAAGAGGAUUGAGAGGCCUCAGGGAGGAGAGCCGACGAAGGACGCCGAGGAGGGCCAGGGGACUGAAGUAAAGGCUGAGGAAAAUGGGACGUUGGGUAAUGGUGAGAAAGCGUAAAGAGUUUAGAGAGACGUGAAUACGAAUUGAAAGACGAGCGGAUUUUGAAAUUGGAAACGGUAUGAUUCAAUUUACUUCAAAAAUCAAGUUUAGAUCUCCUCGGGUUCACGGAUGUGUCUUCUUGAAAUUUAGACAAUCUAGAGAACGUACGGGAUCAGUCACAUCCGGGGCCUGUUUAUGGCGUUCAUUGGGAUGUAAAGCUGUCGGUAGGUUGUAUGAUCGGAGGCCGCGUAACUUGACUUCAAGCGUGGGUUUCGGGAUCUUAGCUAUAAGAUGGUGGGUCUUUUCGGAGAUAUCCCGUUUCUAUACGUUGUUCAUUCACGAACCGAGGCCGAAUUCCUGGCGGAUCGGGGCCGAUUUUAGCUAAAGGGAUAUGAUGAUCGUCCGGCACCAAUCCUAGAUUAUAUAUAAGUUCUCCGGACUCUAUGCCUGGUUC